AUGGCGAACAUUACGCGCACCGAGGGGCGUGAGGAUCUUAGCAAUGAGCCUCAGCAGCAUGGCGCGGCGCAGCAGGGGGGAUUCUCCCAAUCCAGCAGCGCGCGAGCAUCGCCAAUGUUUCAGGCGCCUCAAGAGGCGCCUCAAAUUUCGCACCAGGGCAGACCCCCCCAGUCCAGCAGCGAGCGAGCAUCGCCAAUGGUGGAGCACAUUCGGUCCAUGAUCCGCUUCCGCGGCGGGCCCAUCAGCGUCGCCGACUACAUGGAACAGGUGUUAACGAGCAGCAGCGCAGGCGGGUACUACAUGCACAGGGACGUGUUCGGCAGGGAGGGCGACUUCAUCACGUCGCCUGAAAUCUCCCAGAUGUUCGGCGAGAUGGUGGCAGUGUGGGCGAUGAUGACAUGGCAGCAGCUGGGCGCGCCUGCUAGAGUGCGACUAGUGGAGCUGGGUCCAGGCAGGGGCACACUCAUGGCUGACCUGCUGCGCUCAUCCGCCAAGUUCACGCCCUUCAGCGCAGCAGUGGAGGUGCAUCUGGUGGAGGUGAGCCCGGCUCUCAGGCGCCUGCAGUGGUCCGCCCUCAAAUGCCGCCCUGCAGAGACGGAAGAGGGGAGGGCGGAUGUUGGUGGGGCGCAGGGUGGGAGGGCGGAUGAUGGGGGAGCGGAGGAGAGGAAGGCAAGCAGUAGUAGAGUGGCGUCAGCAGGUGAAGCAGCAGUAGCAGCAGCAGGCGGGCUUGGCCCCGAAGGGUCACCAUCUGCAGCACCAUCGCAACCACAAUCACCCUCCUCCUCAUCAUCGCCCUCCUCCUCCUUAUCACCAACGUCAUCACCAUCACCAUCACCAUCACCAUCACCACCAUCACCAUCACCAUCACCAGCAGCAGCGGCAGCAGAGGAGGUAUCCCCGGGGAUGGGAGUCUCGGGGCUGAGUGGAGCUUCAGUGACGUGGCACUCUGCUCUGGAGGACGUACCUGAGGGAGUGCCCACCAUCCUCAUCGCACACGAGUUCUUUGACGCCCUGCCGGUCCACCAGUUCCAAAAAACGGAGAGAGGGUGGUGUGAGAAACUGGUUGAUGUGGCAGAACUGGACAAAGAAGGCCAUCCAUCUGAAGCCCCCUCCAACCCAAGCCAUGCACAAGGGGACACCAGUGGCCAUCCAUCUGCCGAAUACCCUUUCCGUUUUGUCCUUUCCCCCGGGCCGACCGCGGCAAGCACUCUGUGUCUUCUUCCUCGCAUGCAAUGGGCCCCAUUGGAGGAGCGGGCGGCAGCCGUCCACGUGGAAGUUUGUCCUAUAGCAGUGAAGAUUGCGCUGCAGAUCACGGAGAGGGUGGCGAGAGACGGUGGGGCGGCGCUGAUAGUGGAUUACGGGGAAGACAAAUUAAUAUCGGACAGCCUUCAGGCCAUACGCAAGCAUGAGUUUGUGAAUGUGUUGGAUGCGCCUGGAACGGCGGAUCUGAGUGCAUAUGUGGACUUCGCUGCCCUCCGCCAAGCCGUCACUGACUCCAAGUUGCCAGCUCGAGCCUAUGGCCCUAUUACCCAAUCACAGCUGCUGGGGCGGCUGGGCAUCAACUUCCGCGUGGAGGCGCUGCUGCGAGUGGCAUCAGAGCAGCAGGCAGAAGCUCUCAGAGACGGGUACUGGCGCCUCGUGGGCGACGGGGAACCCCCGUGGCUCGAUGAGGAGGAUGAGAGCGAGGGCGUGGAGGGGGGGAGAGUGGCGAGGGAUGGGGAGGUGGGAGUGCGUGGGGUUGAUGAUGGGGUUGAAAGUGAUUCUUCUGGGGAAGGUGGUGGUAGCAGUGGCAAGAGGUCGUUUGUGGGAAUGGGAUCGAGAUACAAGGCUCUUGUGAUUGCAAGUGAGAAGCUAGGCGUGCCGGUUGGAUUCGAAUGA